AUGAAGGAAGUUAAUGACUACACGUUGGCUCUAGAUGAGAAGAAAGUUUGUGGUUACGAGAACAUUCCAGUUCGCCUGAUUAAGGAUGGUCCAUUUGUAACACUUGUUCUGCCGGGGACCAACCAUCGUGUUGUUGCUAUGUCAGGUGGAUUGUUGUGUGGAUCAUGUAUUAUUGCCUGCGCUUUCUGCAACAACGCAGUUUCUGUAGGAGUUUGUCUCGCAUUAUCGGGUGUUGGCUUGUCAAUGACCUACAUGCCCGUCGUCAUUGCAUUGAAUGAUUUCUUCAAAGGACAAUUCGUUUUGGUGAAUACAAUAGCGUCAUACGGCUUCAUCGCCGGGUCCAUGGUGCUCCCUGUUAUCAUGGAAAGGUCAUUCGAAGCGUAUGGCUAUGCAGGGGCGUUUGUUAUCCUUGGAGGUAUCGCUCUUAACCUUGUCGUGUGCGGUGCAACGAUACGAAACGCACCAUCCAACGCCGCUACCAAUGAAGGUGAAAGUCACGAUAAAGUGAAUCAAGAAUCAUCAGAGCAAAUAGAAGGCAUCCACUAUGAAGAUGAGGAUAAUAAAGAGGAAGAAAAGGAGGAACAUAAUGCGAAGAAAGAGAACGAGGAGAAGGACGAUAGUGAAGAUUGCGUUUCGGAGCAACAAAGUUUGAUUCCAGCCGAAAGACGUACCAUAAGCAUUCUUGUGGAUUAA